UUCAUUCAACAUGGCGUCAUGGGAUCGCUACUUUGGAGACUUGCAGAAGAAUUUUACAAAUUUUGCAGUUCCCGUUAGCUUGUCAGCUGCUACAAUCGGCGUUGUCUUCUUGCUGAAACGUUUUGGCAUUUUCUAUCAAUGGUUCCAUAAGGUUGAUGCACAAACCAAGAGAAAUGGAGGAGACAUAGUAGCAGAUGUUCUGAAGGAACAUGGAGUGAAGUAUGUGUUUACCCUGGUCGGCGGCCAUAUUUCCCCCAUACUGGUGGCCUGUGAGAGGCUGGGAAUACGGGUCGUUGAUACAAGACAUGAGGUGACGGCGGUGUUUGCGGCUGACGCUGUUGCCCGUUUAUCAGGGACAGUGGGAGUGGCUGCGGUAACAGCAGGACCAGGCCUCACCAAUACUGUGACUGCCGUCAAGAAUGCCCAGAUGGCGGAGUCGCCACUUCUCCUCAUAGGUGGCGCUGCUGCCACACUGUUAAAGGGUCGUGGAGCUCUUCAAGAUAUAGACCAGAUGUCUCUAUUUAAACCUUUGUGUAAAUAUUGUGCGACAAUAACGAAGAUCCGAGAGAUCGUUCCCACUGUGCGGAAAGCACUUCAGGUGGCCCAGUCUGGAACUCCAGGGCCAGUGUUUAUCGAGUUCCCCAUUGACACACUGUAUCCCUACGCCAUGGUGAAGAAAGAGAUCGGAAUGAAGGACAAGGCUGGUGGACUUGUACAGAAAGUGAUUAACUGGUAUUUACAAAAUCAUCUUAAUGACCUGUUUGCUGGAGCAUUUGAAGAAAGGGAGAUGACUCCCUUGAAGGUGGAGAGGCCCAUGGCAACUAGAUCCCAGAUACAAAAGAGUAUAGAGAUGUUGUCCAGAGCCAAGAAGCCCGUGAUUCUGCUGGGAAGUCAGUCCACCCUGCCUCCCACCCCAGUGGAGGACCUGAGGAAGGCCAUCGAGAGUUUGGGGAUCCCCUGUUUCCUGGGUGGGAUGUCCCGAGGGCUGCUGGGAAAGUCGAGUGAGAUCCAGGUCCGUCAGCGCAGGAGGGAUGCUCUCCGAGAGGCUGACGUGGUCGUCCUGGCAGGUGCUAUCUGUGAUUUUCGCCUUGGCUAUGGACGUGUUCUUAGCCGCCGUUCAAAGAUCAUUGCUGUGAAUAGAGACAAGGAUCAACUCUACAAGAACUCGGACAUGUUCUGGAAGCCGACGCUGGCAGUCCAGGGGGAUGUUGGCUCGUUCAUGGUGGACGUUGCCCGGGGGAUGAAAGGGUACAAGUGUGAUCCUGACUGGGUGAAAACCUUGAGAGACCGGGAUGAAGAGAAGGAGGUAGCCAACAAGCAGAAGGCGGAGGAGAUCCCAGACAACCACUUGAACCCCCUGAAGGUGUUGAUGACGGUGGAAGAGGUCCUCUCUGACGACGCCAUCUUGGUAGCGGACGGCGGAGACUUUGUGGCCACGGCAGCAUACAUCCUCAGACCUCGUGGCCCGCUCCACUGGCUUGACCCAGGAGCAUUUGGGACUCUGGGCGUGGGAGGAGGGUUUGCCCUGGGAGCCAAGCUGUGUCGUCCCGAGAGUGAUGUGUGGGUUAUUUAUGGAGAUGGGACUGUGGGAUACAGUGUGGCUGAGGUCGAUACAUUUACAAGACAUAAGGUCCCGGUGUUGGCCCUGGUGGGGAAUGACGCUGGCUGGACCCAGAUCGCCAGGGAACAAGUGCCUAUGUUCGGGAGCAGUGUGGCCUGUCAGUUGGCGUAUUCCGACUAUGAUGUGGUUGCCGAGGGUUACGGGGGGAAGGGCUAUCGUCUGGACCGAACAAACGAGGACAACAUCAAGGAAGUGUUGGAGAGAGCUCUCAAAGACUACAGGGCUGGCAACACCGUGCUCAUCAACGCCCUCAUCGGGAAGACCAACUUCCGCGAGGGCAGCAUAUCUGUAUAAUGCUCAGUAUUCAUACAGCCGGGAACAAAAUGUCAUUUGGGUGAUACUCUUGUUAAUAAUUGGUUUACAAACCCUAAAAUUUGUGGAAACAAGAAAAAUCUGUAAACCCUAUUUUGUUACUUUUCCAAAUGCAAACUUGAUGUAAAAUAGUUCAAAGCAAAAAUAGGUUCAAUGUGCUUAAAAGUGCAAGACUGACGAGAUUGACUUGCGAACAUGUUCGUAUAACUUUAUGUAGGUCAGAAAAGAAUCUGUUUCUUUUCUAUUUUCCUUCUCUGACCAUCCAGGGGUCCUCUUGCACAAAGCGAUCUUAGCACUACAGUGAUCAUAAGUCCCAUACUUUAACACUGACUUAUGAUAAUCAUAGUUCUGAGAUCGCUUUGUGAAACGAGUCCCAGGAUUUUAACAGAAUUUGUAAACAAAGAAAUGAAAAACAAUUUAGCCAGUAGGAACAAGUGUCAAUAGAGUUAGAAAAUAUUUUCAAUUUCACUAGUUUUUGUUGUUUAAUGCCACACUCAGCAAUAUACCAGUUAUAAAACGGUGGUCUGUAAAUAAUAAAGUUUGGACCAGACAAUCCAGUGAUUGACAUGAUGA